CAGCAGGACCUGGACAGGUUCCUCCAGCUGCAGGGCUCCAGCCACAGAAUCAAACACUUCCAGUUCAGACAGUCAUGAUUCAAUCUCCAAAUCCAAUGCCUCAGCCAGGACAGCACCCUUAUCCUGUGGGAGGUUAUGUGACACAGGUUCCUCCACUUGCAGGGCUCCCACAGGGCAAUCAUCCACCUCCAGUUCAGACGGUCAUGAAUCCAUCUAGUCCAGGUCAUCCUGUCCAAAACAACCUUCCAAAUCUCAUGCCUCAGUCAGAAGGUGGAACCAUAGAACUUCAGUCAAUGACUCAACCACCUCCAGUCCAGCCAGUCUUGAAUCAGUCCGGUCCGAGUAAUCCUGCACCUGACCAGGUUCAGCCAUAUGCAGCACCUGCAGUUCCUCCACUACUUCUACUUUAUGGAGCACCCCCCGGUCUCGAAUACCUCGUUCAGAUUGACCAGAUACUCGUUCACCAAAAAAUGGGAUGUAUUGAGAUGAUUACUGGCUUUGAGACUAACAACAAGUUUGAGAUCAAGAACAGCAUCGGGCAAAAGAUCUACCUCGCCAAAGAAAAGAGUAACUGCUUUGUGCGUAAUUUCUUUGGUCCAGCACGCGGGUUUAUAAUGAAAAUUACAGACCACAUGGACCAAGAGGUCAUUCAUCUGGAAAGACCAAUGCGCUGCUGCAUGCAAGAGGACAACACUGAAAAACCACGUUGA